GGGCCGGGGGCGGUGCGGUGCGUGCGGCAGAUAUAAGAGCGGUGCGGCCGCGUCCCGCUUCAGGUGCUGCUGCCGGUUCCCGUCCUUCCCCGCCCGCUCCCUCCCGUCCAUCCAUCCAUUCGUCCACCCACCCACCCCAGCCCGCUUUGUUUUUCUCGCCGUCCGCGGGCUCGGGGCCCCCACGCCGCUGCCACCCUGAAGUUUCUGGCAGUGCUGCUGGCGGCGGGCAUGCUGGCUUUCCUGGGAGCCAUCAUCUGCAUCAUCGCCAGCGUCCACCCGGCCGGCACCGCCGCUCCCGCCACCCCCGCCGCCGACAAUGACUCGGCCGCCGCUGCCGCCUCCCUGCUGCCCGCCGCCGACAAGGGGCUGGGAGCCCUGCACGGCCCCGCCGAGGCUCUGGCCAGCGCCGGGCCGCGCCUACCCGGGGGGCCGCCGCUCUUCAGUCGCUUCGUUUGCACUCCCCUGAGCUCCGAGUGCCCGGCCACCGGCACCGGUACCGGCACCGGCACCGGCACCUCUCCCGCCCCCGAGGAGCUGCUGGCCUUACGGAGCGCGGCGGCCCAGCUGCGCCGCACGGCGCUGGAGCAGAAGGAGCGGAUCCGUAUGGACCAGGAGACCAUCCGGGAGCUCACCGGCAAGCUCAGCCGCUGCGAGGGCGGCCUGCGAAACCCCCCGGGCCCUCCCGCCGCUGCCGCCCCCCCGGCCGCCGGGCUCCGCGCCGCCCCGCGCCCCGGCACUAUGGGACACCCCCCCGCCGAACCGCCCGCCGUCCGGGAGCUGGAGGAGGCCGUCCGCGCCCUCCAGGACCGCAUCGACCGAAUAGAGCAGGAGCUGCCAGCCCGCACCAAUGGCUCAGUGCCCACCACUCCAGCGCUUGCCCGUGAUGCUCUCCACACCAAGAUGGAGCAGCUGGAGGAGCAGCUCCUCUCUAAGAUCCUGACCCUGCAGAAGGAGCGCCAGGCUGCCAGCACUGACCGCAGCCAGCAGCAGCACAAUAUCGAGAAAGAGCUCAACUCCCUCCAGAACCGGGUGAUGGAGCUGGAGCACGGACCACCAGACUACAGCCCUCCUGAUGCCUUCAAGGUGGCCAUACCGGUGCAGAACAACUACAUGUAUGCCCGCAUGAAGAAGAGCUUGCCGGAGCUCUACGCCUUCACCAUCUGCAUGUGGCUGAAGUCCAAAGCACAGACUGGGCUUGGCACCCCUUUCUCCUACUCUGUCCCAAGCCAAGCUAAUGAGAUUGUGCUGCUGGAGUGGGGCACCAACCCGCUGGAGCUGCUCAUCAAUGACAAGGUUGCCCAGCUGCCACUGAGCCUCAAGGACAAGGCCUGGCACCACAUCUGUGUGGCAUGGACUACCCGGGACGGCAAGUGGUCGGCAUACCAGGAUGGCGAGCAGCGCGGUGCUGGUGAGAACCUGGCUUCCUGGCACGCCAUCAAGCCCCAGGGCGUCAUCAUCCUGGGCCAGGAGCAGGACACGCUGGGGGGCCGCUUUGAUGCCACGCAGGCCUUCGUGGGGGAGCUGGCACAGUUUGGUGUGUGGGACCACAUGCUGGCACCAGCAGAGAUCCUGGGCUUGGCCAACUGCACCUCCCACCUCCAAGGAAAUGUGAUCCAGUGGGAUGACCAGGCGGUGGAGGUCUUCGGGGGAGCCAGCAAGAGGGCUUUCACUGCCUGUGAAGAAGGGAGGAAGGCGUGAGCAGCCCCUCGCCCCCUCCCCAGUGCCAAGGAGCCUAGCAGCAGCCCCAAAGCAGGGGGGGCCCUCCUCUCCCCUCCCAGACCAUCAAUCCAUGCUGCUGCACUGGGGUGAUGCCCAAUCCCACCGUGCCGGUGUGCUGGGAGGGGAGCAGGACCCAGCAGCCUCCCUCUUGCCCUCACACCAGCAGUGUGGUUUGUCCCCUCUCCUGGCACAUCUGUCCCUGGGUCUCACCUUGCUCCUCUUCUCUUUGGGGAGGACCUCAUUGUACCUACAGAUGUCUCUGGUACAAUAAGGGUCCCUGCCUUGUCGGCCCCAAAGGCAAGUGGAAAGGAGACCUCCAUCCACCCCAAGCUCACUCUGGCCUUGGUGUGAUUCCAGUGUGCAGGUGUACCCUGAGCACAUCCUUUUUCCUUAUUUAUUUCUAGCACUCCACUAUCUGGUUUUGUGAGCCUGUACUCCUAGUUAGCCCAAAGGCUCAUUUGUUCUGGAGACAAAUCAUCCCCACUGGCUCUAAGACCUCUUCUCCUGCCACCCUGGUUUUCCCCACCAGGUAGGCUGAGGGAGAAUGGCAGAGAGUCGUCAGAGCGAUGCUCCCCACCCUGCUCCUUCCUCUGACUCUUCUGCCUAUUUGAGCAGGGCUGCCCAAGGGGAGUCAGGCUAUUGAGGGAGAGGGAAACACAGUGCGAUUCUCCCAGCCAGGAGGGAUCAGCUGAUGACUUGGGCAAAAGAAGCAAAGCAUUUCCCCCAGCCCUGUCUGAGGAGGAGGGAGCGCAGCACUGCCAUCAAAGGGAAUUAAAGCAAGAAAAGCAAAUGAGAUGGGAUGGAGGAGCACUGGCAUCCAUCCUCCAGCCUUUUUGGCACUGGUUGGGUUUGCUGCCCUCACCUCCAUCUGGCUUCAUUGCUUUGAGCUGCUCCCACCCAGGGACAGAGCUGCCACCAACCUUGGAACUAUGUGGGUGAUGGGGUGGGCUGUAUUUUCCCUGUGGAGUGCCUGAUAAUAUGCUGUUUCCACACCCUGUGGUCACCAACACCUUGAUACGUGUGUGUGCGUGUGUGUGUGUGUGUGUGUCGGGGGGGUUAUGAGGAAUAUUUCAGGGGUCUCGUGGUUGCUCAGUGCAGUGUCAAGCUUCCAGUGCUCCCCUCUCCCCAAGUCCCACUUUGUGCUUUUGGCAAUGGCUGCCCCCCAGCCCAGGAGAGUUGAAGCCAACAGAGGGGACAGCCCCAUCACCCAGCAUUGCCCACCCGCAGGGUCCCUGACAGCAGUGAGGUGGCUCAGCCUGCUGAAGGGGACACAGCGGGGACGGGAUGCAGCCCUUGUGCCAAGUGGGAAACACUGUGACCUUCGUGCUCCCCACAGAGCUGCUCCUCUUCCUCGCUCGCUCGCUUUCUCUAAUGCACGUUUGUGAAAGGGGCCCCUGACGUGUGCCUGUGUUGGGACAUUUCUUUUGUAAAGCUGAUUGUGGACAAUAAAAGUGACGUUUUCUGUUCGA